UUGGCCUCAAACUUUUGAAAAACACAUUCUCUUCCAAAAAUGGGAAAAAUAUAAUCACCGCCAUUACUGAUUACAUACCAUGCUAGCUAGUUUAUCCCAUAAGUACUGCUAAUAGUACACUACUAGCUAAGGUAGUUAGCCGGACCAGAAGCGGCCGCCGGGCGCGGGACGCUUCAAUUCCCUUCUAGAUCCUCCGAUCCGCCCUGUAUGGCGGAAAAGCCCGAUAGGCCCUCAGUUUGAAGCGAAGACUUUGAUUCCUACAACUGGCCGGCCGGUCAGUGACAAGUCGAUUGAGUGAUUUGGUCAUUCAACAUGGAUGGGGCAGCCAUAGCUUUCGUCUUUCACCAACACAAGAUUCUCCCCAGCUUCUGGUUUAAUUUGUUGAAGCUUUAGAUUUUCAAUUCCUACCCAGCUUAAUGUCAUGGACAUACACUCCAGAAGUGGUAAAGACAUGAAGUUGAAAAGUCAGACAUGUACCUCCUCUAUGCAAUUCAUAAGCCGGCGGCACAUUCCCAUGUGGCGGUAUUUGUUGCAAGUUGCAAUUAAAGCCUAUGAAAAGUUCAGCAAUGGGUGAUUUGGUCAUUCAACAUGGGGCAGCCUACCCAGAAGAUUUAAUUUGUAAGCUCUCUCCAUCACAUUCUUUAGUUCAAUUUCAGCACUUGCACAAUUAAAUGACACUCUAAAGUAAGCUUUUAAUCCUGUUUCAAGCAUUUAUUGUCCGGUUAAUAAAAUAAUUGAUUGUAGGAUUAGACUGAGAUCACUUAACUAGGCCACAAAUUCCCAUAUGGGAUUUCCCAGCAAUGAUUUCCCAGGAGAGUAAUGUGUUAAAGAAAAUGGCACAAAUUCCCAUGUGGGAGAGAUAGAAAAUGUCUCACCUUUAUGCUAGAGUGUCUUGGGAGCCUGAUACGUACAGUGGCUUCUUUAACCACACACUUCCAGGAAACACCAUCAUAUUUAUAUCGCUCAGGCUUCGUUUAUCAUUCUCUUCAAAGGGUUCAAAGCCGAACCUCACAGUCCAUGUCUCCACUAAACUGGGAAUUGCAGAAAGUACGAGUUUCUCCACCUUCAAUGAUUUUAGCAUCUAGAGCCACAUGCAUUCAGGUUAAUCCAUAUAAGUGCAUAACGCAUAAAGCUGAAAGCAUCAAACCCACCGCAGUACACCACCCCACAGAAUUUGAUAUCACACUACAAAAACAAAAAACAAUAUUGGCACGGACUUGACACGGAUUGAUCAAGUUUGGCACUGGUGACCAAAUAGCAUUGACACAAAAUGUGGCACGCAUUUUGCGUAUCCGUGCCAAAUCUGUGCUAUGACCGUGCUAAUGUCAUUUUUUUUGGUGUCAAGGUAAAUUGAACUUUGUCCCAAUUAAAGUACUAGUAUUAUUUAAUCUAAAUAAGAUAAGAUUUACGUGCAGCCCCAAUAUUAGUUAAAAUUUUGAUUUCCACCGAUUUGAAAAGUCUUUAAAUGGACUUAGAUAAACUAACGAGGAGAUCAUCAGAUGAUGUGCGUAGAAUGUUAAAAUUGCCUUUUCUCUUCUUUUUAGCGUAUAUGAAGGGGUUAAAUGAGAAAGGAAUCAUAUCAAUCAGUCUUUUUUAAUUAUAAGCUGUAAAGCCGAGUCAAAUAAAUUACUGUGGUUGAAAAGUCUCCUGAUUUGGUGGGAAUGAUUUAUAAACCAAGUUUCUAGGAUUGCCAAAUGGGCACUUAUUUAUUCAGUGAGAGGUUAUCAGAGUUUUUCUCAAGUGGGGUGAUUUCUAAACUCAUUUCUCGAUUAUAGGUUAUUCUAAACUUAUUUCUCAAAAAAGAGUAUUUUUGGCAUGUCAUCCACUGUGUUAGCCAUUGUAGCACAAAAAUUCUUGGGGAGGAGUACGUUUCUGUUUCAAAAACUACCGAAAUAGUUGUUUUUCUAAUAUCAAAUGACGUUUUCCGUUUCACUUUUCCCCAUGAUUUCCACUCUUCUGUACAACAUAGAUGUCAGCUCAAUGUCCAUGUUCACUUAUGUCUUUUUACCACAAUGACCACAUCACAUUCUACGUCAUUCCGUCAUUGUUUCAUAUCGAAUUCGGUGAGCGGAAUAGAUGAAAACUCAUACAAAAGUGAAGAAAGAAAAUGCUCUUCUACAGUAAGUUGCAUGUAAAUAUAUGAGUGAGGGUAGCUCGACACUUGUUUGAUAAUAUUUUAAAGUAUUGAAAUCAUAAAAAUACACUCUCACCGUUCUGUAUCUGUAAUAACUAUCUCGUAUUCAUUUUUG